AUGAGCUCUUAUUUCGUUAAUGCUCUAUUCUCAAAAAACCUCAACAGCGAGUCCUGGAAUUCCGAUUAUGGGCUGGCACAUGAUUUGGGAAGCACAUCCUCUGUAUCAUACGGUACCGGUGGCACCAUCCAGCAGCCACAUCCCACGCAGUUAACGGUAUUAUACAAUGGCACAUCGUUGUUCAAAACCGCUCACCCACACCAACUAAAUCCGUGCGUAUUAUCGUUGCCAAUGGGCAACUUGUAUCAUGCCGUGUGCGCAGAACAGUGCUCCUCUCUACCGGACCUCUUUCCCUGGAUGAAACCACAAGCAGUUACCGGACCGAGAAGAGGUAGACAGGCAGACAGUCGCUUCCAGACUCUGGAACUUGAGAAGGAGUUCUUAUUCAACUCUUACUUGACCCGCAAGCGCAAGGUUGAAGUGUCGCACGCUCUGGCACUCACCGAGCUGCAGAUUAAAAUCUGGUUUCAGAACAGACGCAUGAAAUGGAAGAAGGAGAACAAGGACACAUUUCCAAUAAACAGGCCGGAUCAGAAUGAAAUCAAGAUGUACAAGAAUAUUCAGACGUCAGAUGAGGAGGGUAAAGGUUAA